AUGACUGUGGUUAAUCUUCUAGAUCCAAUUUCAGGGGGUCUUUUUAUUAGUAUCCAUGAUCGAGGGCAUAUUGCUUCAAUUCUUAAUGUAUGGCCAGAAGAUGUCAUCAAGGCUGUUGUGGUGACUGAUGGAGAGCGUAUUCUUGGCUUGGGAGACCUUGGCUGUAAUGGAAUGGGCAUCCCUGUGGGUAAAUUGGCUCUAUAUACGGCUUGUGGAGGGAUGAAUCCUCAAGAAUGUCUUCCCAUCAUUUUGGAUGUGGGAACAGAAAAUGAG